AUGCACGCCAAACUGUCAAGCUGCCUUUUGGCAGCUUCUGCUCUCCUCCCUGCCGUCACGGCUCAGGGUUGCCCUUUCGCCAAACGUGAUGGUUCCGUCACCAGCGAGCUCCCCAAGAGAGACACGGGCGCCAGCUUUGGCCAAUGCUCGAGAAUCAGCGACCAGGCCGGCGGUGGUACCCGCUCCAAAGACUGGUGGCCUUGCCAGCUUAGACUCGACACCCUUCGCCAAUUCCAGCCUGCGACCAACCCGUACGGCGGCGACUUUGACUAUGCUGCGGCUUUCAAAAAUCUGGAUUAUGAGGCUCUCAAGAAGGACAUCCACGCCCUGCUGACCGAGUCCCAAGAUUGGUGGCCGGCCGACUAUGGCCACUACGGCGGCCUCUUCAUCCGCAUGGCAUGGCAUAGCGCCGGCACAUAUCGCUCCAUUGACGGCCGAGGUGGCGGUGGAAUGGGCCAGCAACGGUUCGCUCCACUCAAUAGCUGGCCUGACAACCAGAACCUCGACAAGGCUCGCCGCCUGCUGUGGCCUAUCAAGCAAAAGUACGGCAAGAAUAUCUCAUGGGCGGACUUGUAUCUCCUGGCGGGUAACACCGCCCUCGAGUCCAUGGGCUUCACCACCAUUGGCUUCGGCGCUGGUCGUGCCGACACCUGGCAAUCCGAUGAGGCCAUCUACUGGGGCGGAGAGACGACGUUUGUUCCCAAGGGCAACGAUGUCCGCUACAAUGGCAGCACCGACAUAUUCGAGCGCGCCGACAAGCUCGAGAAGCCCCUGGGAGCCACGCACAUGGGCCUGAUCUACGUCAACCCGGAGGGCCCCGAUGCCAGCUCCAACCCCGCCGCUUCGGCCAAGGAUAUUCGCGUCGCUUUCGAUCGCAUGGGAAUGAAUGAUGAGGAGACUGUUGCGCUGAUCGCCGGUGGACACGCCUUCGGCAAGACGCACGGUGCUGUGCCUUCAAGCAACAUUGGAGGCGCGCCUGAGGCUGCUGACCUUGGCGAGAUGGGUCUCGGAUGGCACAACAGCGUCGGCGAUGGCAACGGCCCCAACCAGAUGACCAGUGGUCUCGAGGUUGUCUGGACAAAGACCCCUACCAAAUGGAGCAACGGCUACUUGCAGUCUCUCCUUCACAACAAAUGGACCCUCGUCACCAGUCCUGCCGGCGCUCACCAAUGGGAGGCCCUCAACGGCACCCGCGACUAUCCCGACCCCUUUGACCCGACCAAGUUCCGCAGGGCCACCAUGCUCACCAGUGACUUGGCCCUCAUCAAUGACCCUUCGUACCUCAACAUCACCACCCGCUGGCUCGACCACCCCGAGGAGCUCGCCGAUGCCUUCGCCAAGGCUUGGUUCAAGCUUCUCCACCGCGACAUGGGCCCCAGACUCCGCUACCUAGGAACGGACGUCCCCAAGCAGGAUUUCAUCUGGCAGGAUCCCCUUCCUGCUCGGGAGGGUGAGCUGAUUGACGAUGCCGAUGUGGCCAAGCUCAAGUCUGACAUCCUCGGCACCGCCGGUCUCGACGUCUCCAAGCUCGCCUCCGUCGCCUGGGCCUCUGCCUCGACCUACCGUAACUCUGACAAGCGCGGUGGUGCCAACGGUGCCCGCAUCGCCCUCGCGCCCCAGAACCAGUGGGUUUCCAACAACCCUCCCGUCCUCACCGAGGUCCUUGAUGCCCUCAAGGCCAUCCAGACCAGCUUCAACACCGGCGCCAAGAAGGUUUCCCUCGCCGACCUGAUCGUGCUCGGCGGUGUCGCCGCCGUCGAGAAGGCCGCCAGCGACGCCGGCGUUGCCGUGACCGUCCCCUUCGCCGCCGGCCGUGUCGAUGCCACCCAGGAGAACACAGACAUCCGCGCCUUUGGCUACCUCGAGCCCCAGGCCGACGGCUUCCGCAACUACGGCAAGGGAACCGCCCGCGCCCGCACCGAGGAGUUCCUCGUCGACAAGGCCUCCCAGCUCACCCUCUCGCCCCCGGAGCUGACCGUACUCGUCGGCGGUCUCCGCGCUCUGGGCGCCACCUUUGACCAGUCCAACACCGGUGUCCUGACCGCCAAGAAGGGCCAGCUGACUAACGACUGGUUCGUCAACCUGCUCGACAUCUCCACCGUCUGGUCCACGACCGGCGACGACGCCGAGGUCUGGAGCGGUGUCGACCGCAAGACCAAGGCCGAGAAGUGGACUGCCACCCGCGCCGACCUCGUCUUUGGAUCUCACGCCGAGCUCCGUGCCGUCUCUGAGGUUUAUGCCAGCUCCGACGCCAAGGAGAAGUUUGUCAAGGACUUUGUCGCGGCCUGGGACAAGGUCAUGAACCUCGACCGCUUCGACUUGAAGCACUAA